GAGAGCACAAGACACGCAGAUAGAUUGAUGGAUAUCACAGAGAGAUGGCGAAUGAUGUGCCGCCGUUGUGAUAUUGGCGUACGCGGUGGCACAUUGCUAGUGCCGCAUAUUCCACAUCGGGGACAAAACAACCCUACCCUGUCGGCUGUUGGUGACAACCAACAUGUUGCUCGCGUUGGACAGGGUGUGGACUUACAGACCAUAUGAAGUACCCUGUAGUCUAAGCCAAGAAAUUAUUGGUGGCCUGCUGGAUAGUGAGGAGGUGAACGGCGGAGAGGAAAAGGAUACAAAAGACAAGGCACCCUGGUUCGUACUGCGGCGGUUUGGUGUCGCGUAUAACGCAGAUAGUAUGUGACUUCUCGUUGUUGGACAAGGGGGUUGCCUGGUCAUGUGCGCGCUUUGCGAUCACGUGCCCAUCAUUGUGCAGAGUUUGAUAGAUUAUUUGAGCGGGAAAAUGAGUUUGUUGCAGGGGGGGGAAUACGGUAAAGACAAGUGAUUGGACAGUGUUUAAUCUCAAA